AAAAAAAAAAAAAGAGUCAACACAGAGAGUGAGAGAGAGAGAUGGAGAACAAAACUCCGGAAGUGGCUUCGACCAUCAAAGUUUCUUCCCUGACUUGCAUAGAUCUCGCAAACUCUGAUCUUCAUCAAUCAGCUGUUUUGCUCAAGCAGGCAUGUCUGGAUUGCGGAUUUUUCUAUGUAGUAAAUCACGGUUUAAGCGAGGAGUUGAAGGACGAGGCUUUUGAGCAGAGCAAGAAAUUCUUCGCUCUUCCUUUGGAGGAGAAAAUGAAAGUCUUGAGAAACAAAAAGAAUCGUGGCUAUUCACCUGUCCUGGAUCAAAUCUUGGAUCCAGAGAAUCAAGUCCACGGGGAUUACAAAGAGUCUUUUUUCAUUGGAAUCGAAGGUCCCAAAGAUGAUCCCCAUGGGGAUAAGCCAUUCUAUAGCCCAAACACUUGGCCUGACCCUGAUGUUUUGCCCGGAUGGAAGGCAACCAUGGAGAAAUAUCAUCAAGAAGCAUUGAAAGUUUGUAAGGUUAUAGCGAGAAUAUUGGCAUUGGCACUCGACUUGGAAGCGGAUUACUUUGACACACCUGAGAUGCUUGGAAAUCCUAUUGCAGUUAUGCGCUUACUUCACUAUGAAGGGAAGUCUGAUCCCUCGAAAGGAAUAUAUGCAUGUGGAGCACAUACUGAUUAUGGAAUGAUGACUCUCUUAGCAACAGAUGGUGUUAUGGGGCUCCAGAUUUGCAAGGAUAAGGAAAUGAAGCCAAGGAAAUGGGAAUAUGUACCAUCGAUUAAAGGAGCAUAUAUCGUGAAUCUUGGUGACCUGCUGGAGCGUUGGAGCAACGGCAUGUUUAAGUCCACAUUGCAUCGGGUACUUGGGAAUGGUCACGACCGAUAUUCCAUUCCAUUCUUUGUGGAACCGAGCCACGACUGUAUAGUAGAAUGUCUUCAUACCUGCCAGUCCAAAAACAACCCUCCCAGAUAUCCAGCGAUCAAAUGUUCAGCGUACCUCACCCAACGUUACGAAGAAUCACAUGUGGACUUGAGCAUAUACGAAAAACAAACCUAAGUGAAGUAUGUAUUUGAUCAAACUACAAUAGCAGAAUUGUGAUUCAUUCACAACUUAAUGUUUUUUUUUCUAAUUCAGUAUUAAAAAUUUUAUUCUAAACUUUUCCUGUUAUCGAUAGUAUUGCGAAAUAUUAUUUGUUGCUCAU